UGUAAACACAACGCCGGCUAAACCUGUGCACGCUCACUACAACUUGACAUAACGCCAGUUUACGUUACAUUCACUAGCGUUAGCCGCCUGCCGCCUUAGAAAGGACCCACCCCUCUUUCCCCACAGUUGAGCGUUCGCUCGAAGGCAGUUAAACGCCAAGUUAAAAUACAUGCUAGUUAGCUAGCAUGCUGUUUUGUCAGAUUGGACUACUCCUUGGGGUUUAAUUUCCAGACAUGACCGAGUUGAGAUGUCGAAAAACGGAGAAGUCGGUGGAAGGUGAAGGGGAACUGCGAGGUGCGCUUAAUUCGCAGACGGCAUAUCUGGAUGAGAGUCCUUCCGGAGAAAGCACGGAAGAUGUGGGAAAUAUUUCCAACAGAAUGGAUGGCAAGGAGCCCCAAGAGUACGAGGAUGGAGUUAAGAAAGAGGAGACUCAAGAUAAAGGAGAGCAAGUCGACGGAAACAAAUUAUCUGUCAAAAGAUCUAGGACCAACUCUACUUCUGUUGUUCUACAGCGUCUGGUGAAGCUAUUCUUUGGAUGCCUAGCAGCGGUUGCCUGUGGCAUGCUGUAUGCAGUGUAUCUUUCCACCUACCAUGACAGGAAGUUCUGGUUUUCAAGUAGACAGGAGCUGGAGCGUGAAAUCACCUUCCAGGGAGGCAGUGGGCUUUAUUAUUACUACUACAAACACAUGCUGACAGCAUCAUCUUUUGAAAGAGGGUUUUAUGAGCUGACGAUAGAUAACCGGACUGUUUCUGGCCAAACUAUCAAUGCAGUGGAACGUUUGUCUCUGUACCCAGAACUCAUCACCAGCUUCAUAUACAGAGUCACGGGGAGCCAGGAUUUGAUGGAGCCAAUAUAUUUCUACAUUGGAGCAUUGUUUGGCCUCCAGGCGGUCUAUGUCACUGCCCUCUUUGUGUGUAGCUGGGUGAUGAGUGGCACCUGGGUGGCUGGCUCGCUGGCAGUUGCUUGGUACAUCAUCAAUCGACCAGAUACAACUAAAGUGGACUAUGCCGUUCCUCUGCGGGACAACUGGGCUUUGCCUUACUUCUCCUGUCAAGUGGCAGCUCUGACUGGAUUCUUGAGUAAUGGCAUCAACUCUGCCACAGAGAUGUUUUGCUAUCUCACCAUGAGCGCCGCCACAUUCACUUUCUUGCUUCUCUGGGAACACAGCCAUUAUGUGCUGUUCAUCCAAGGCCUGUGUCUUUUUCUGCUUGACUCCUUUGACUUGGUGCCACCGCGUAAGAUGGCCGACAUUCACAAAGUGUACCUCAGUUCUUUGUUCCUGGCCUAUAUGUUUCAGUUCCAGAACCCCGCCCUGCUCAGCUCCCCUCUGCUAAGCCUUCUGAUUAGCUCAGUGCUUGCGAGGUACUUCCAGCAAAACAUGAAGAUGGGUCCCCUGGUGGCCAGACUGAUGAAGCUUUUCCUUCAUUUCUACCUGGUCUUCACCACAGGCAUAACUUUCAGUUACUUGGUCAAGAAACUUAUACCUGUCAGUGAUGGUGACUUCGUAUUGAAGUUCCUGGAAGUGAAAUUUGGGCUCAAUACCACAACUGACUUUGUUACCAACCUCCUCCUCUGCCAAGAGAGUUUCCAGACACCUAGUCAGGACUUGUUUCUGCGGCUGACCCAAGCCUCAGUCCUCCCCUUCUACUUCCUGGUUCUGCUGGUCUGCCUGCUCUCCACACUUCAGACCAUUUACAGAAGGCUCAGUGGCCAGCCAAUGAAAACCAACCUCAGGCUUGAAGAUGGUCGAAUAGGAGAGCAGCCAGAGGUCAUCUAUCAUGUUUUCCACACAUUGCUGUUUGGAGGACUGGCUAUGGUUUUUGAGGGGAUGAAGUAUCUGUGGACCCCAUAUGUCUGUAUGUUCACAGCAUUUGGUGUGUGCUCUCCAUCCCUCUGGAUGACUAUAUUUAGAUGGUUGAGACUCAGGUCCCUCCACCCUGUAGUGCUGGCUUUGAUAUUGAGCACAGCAGUUCCUACCAUCAUUGGUUUCAGUUUGUGGAGAGAGUACUUCCCACGUGUCCUGUCAGAGCUUUCUGAGCUGCAGGAGUUCUAUGACCCAGAUACAGUUGAACUGAUGAACUGGAUCAAGACACAGGCUCCAAUAGCAGCUGUGUUUGCGGCUAGCCCUCAGCUGCUGGGGGCAGUAAAAUUGUGUUCAGGCUGGGCUGUGACCAGUUUGCCCCUUUACUCAGAUGUAGGCCUACUGAGGAGAAGUGAGGAUAUUUACCAAGUGUAUGCCUUGAGAUCUGCAGAAGAUAUCUAUAAGAUUUUGACCUCUCACAAGACAAACUAUGUGAUCAUCGAAGAGUCGAUUUGUAACGAGCUUACCCACCAUAAGGGCUGUAGAAUCAAGGACCUGCUGGACAUCUCAAAUGGACAUGUAGUUUAUGACAGAGGAGAGAUAUAUUCCUUCUCCAAACAUGGGAGAUUCUGCCAUGAGAUGAAGAUGAACUACUCGCCCUAUACAAAUUACUUCACAAGAGUGUUCUGGAACCGCUCCUAUCAUGUCUAUAAAGUGAACUCUGUCAUCUCUUUUCAAUACUGACAACAGCUUUCGCCUAACAUUGGGGCUGAGACCACAAGUCUGCCUGUCUUGUCUUUCUCUCCAGAGUCUCAGUUCACGUCUACCAUGAUGCAGUCUUUUAGCAGUAUAUGCUUGCUCAGAAGGUGAAAUGGGUACCGUCUUUCACGUACCGAUUUCUAUCCUGCUGUGUUAGUUCUUGAUAGCAUCAAUGACGAAUCCAUUUUGGAUGGUGACUGGUGAGCACAACAUGGCGACAGAUUAAGCAUAGUCCCCAGCUAAAUCCUAAUCAACUUUAAGCUUGGGUAGAAAGUUUGUAUACAUAGUCAGCCACUUUGGCAGUUGACCAGCCAUUUUUUUAGGUCUUAUAAAAAAAAAAUCAUAUUUAUUUGAUAAAUGACCAAAUGUGGUUGGUACAUGUUUGAAUGCUUCAACCCUUGUUGCUGGUGGAUUUUACAAUGCAUCUCCUGGCUUGCUUGCGUGCUGCACAGAGGUCAAUAAGUACAUUGUAUUAGGCUUUAAGUUAUUACAUAAGACUGUUUCUGUUCUCAGUCAAUAGAUGGGCCUUCUUGAAGUUGAAAUAUGCCAUGUCAAUCACUGUACUGUAUGUAGUUGCCCACAACAUGCAUCACUGUGGUGCAAGUGUAGAGAAACUCACAUGAGGCAAGAACAGCAUUCCGGAACAAUGUGCCAUCAAAGGUCAAGAAUAUGGCAUUUUCAUUCCAGCCAAACACUAGCUGAUUUCAUAAUCUAUUACCCUCUUCUCUGGUCAAAUGUAUGCUGAGUGAAGUUAGUGUUUGAUGAGAAUAAAAACUUUCAUAUUUUUAUACUCUCUUGCACAUGGUUGGGAAACUUAAGCUAAUAUCCUCUUUUCUGCUCUGUUUUAAUUGCAGAUCUUUUUCCCUGAGAAAAAUACACAUGCAGUGCAUUUCUAUGUGCUGUGUGUUUCUUUCUAAAGGUUGCUGCUUAUUGUAUGCUUUUAUUUGUCAGGAACAUGUCUCCGUUUGGUCGCUUGUUGAAGGGGAACACCGCUCUGUUUGAGAAUACACGUAUUAUUCAGUUGCUGGAGGAUCAGCCAGUCACAAUUUAAUAUGAGCAGCUCCCUCACAAAUCCAGGAGACAGAGAGAAAAAAAAACAAAACAACACUCAAACUUAUGUCAUCAGAAGUAUCUGGCUUCUGCAUAGAGUUUUUCAUAUGGACCAGUAUUGUCUGUGCUCGAUUAUUCCACCAGGAAUAACUGAGGCAUUCUCCAUUAACCCUUAAAAUGUAGUUGAAGGCUGGUUCUGAAGCUACUCGCUUUGUUGCUUUCCCUUUGGACAUCUUUGUCUCUGGCUUAUAGUGUGAUAUGAGAUGUGGGAGAUUUCUGUUGAUUUCUUGUUGAUUGGGCUUUGUCCUGAUAGACUGAACCCAUUAUCACUUCCUUCAAAAAUGUGGUGACCACACCAUUCUCUCCUAUAUAUGCCUUUAGAGUAGAGAUUGGAGAACACCGGUCUCCCAUGUAAUGUGAACACACUGUUUGUCUUACCUGAAAUAUUAAUUUGAUUCUAUACACGUUAAUUCUGAAUUCCCCAUCAGAUGUUCUCUUUGGUCGCAACACUGGUGUUAGGAUGCCAGUCAAACUAACACAUCUCUGCAAAUAACCAUGUUAUGAUCAUUAGGCUGUAUUGAAUUUAUCAGCGCAAAUCAAAUGUAUGACUUGAUAAAUACAAAAUUUGGAUUUAAUGUGUGGGCCCUUUACUGCCAUAGACUGGGUUUUGAUUUUUAGAGGAGCUGUUUAAGUACUGUUGUUUCUUUUCUUUUCUUUUUAAACCCUUGGUGUAACCCAUCAACUUUGUCUUUCACUAUCAGGUUUUGGUUUUUAUGUUAAGAAAUAUACAUCACCCAUGUGAAUAGUUGAAUACUCAUGAUCUAGUUUGGGGCUCGAGAUUGAUUUGUGAAGUUUAUUCAAGUUUCAUACAUCUCAUCCCAUCAUGUAAUACUCACAAUAACACCAAAGACAUUUGAUGUUAACUAUUCAGGGAUCAUCUCCAUGUACUGCUUUGAGACACUGUGCAAACAUAGUUUACAU